AUGUUUGCCCAUGUGCGACCUGCAGCAGCACGCCUACGACCUCUAAACUUAUCCCUGAUUUGCUUUAAACCACGAUUCAAUUCAACAGGUAUUGGUUCACAGCUAGGACCGCGACGAGCGGUUGUAUACAACGAAAAUGGAAACCCGGCAGAGGUGGCGCGAGUCGUUUCCAGUACUGAUCCCGUUCUACUGAGAGAUGAGGAUGUUCUCGUUCGAUUCCUCGCCGCACCAAUCAACCCUUCGGACCUCAACGUCAUCGAAGGCAAAUACCCGAUGCGUCCGGAACCUAUUCAUGAAUUUGGUGCAUCCUCUGAUGGCCCAGGAAUAUUCGUGGGCGGACACGAAGGCGUCGCUGUAGUCGUCAAGACUGGACCAUUGGUAGAUGGCCCACCCACGAAGCCGGAACGCCGGUUCAGAGUGGGUGAUUGGGUAUUGAUGCGCAAGCCGCAAACUGGGACAUGGACAAAUUGGAAGGUGGUCCCGAUGCGCGAAUUACGGAGGAUUGACAGGACGAAGAAGACGGAGUCGAAAGUCACAGAGGCGUUUGCUGCAACGUUAAUGGUCAAUUCUCUGACCUCCUUGGGGCUUAUGACGGAUAUUUCGCCCAUUCCGGGCUGGCACAGUUACAUUUUACAAAAUGGCGCCAACAGUGCUGUUGGGCAGGCUAUCAUACAGACGGCCAAGCAGAUGGGAAUCAAGACUAUCAACUUUGUGAGAGACAGGCCGGACUAUCCACAGCUCAAGCAAUACCUAAUGGAUUUGGGUGCCGAUCAUGUAUUCACCUAUGACGAGCUCCUUGACCGUUCAUUUAAGAAGACCUUCGAGUCACUUAGAACGCCACCUGUCAAAGCGUGUCGUCACGCGUUUAACUGUAUCGGCGGUCCCACCGUCGCUGCGAUGGCCGCCCUACUAGAUAAGAAUGGGCACCUCAUCUCGUAUGGAGGAAUGUCGAAGCAACCCAUAAUCCUUCCUGUGGGUCUCCAAAUUUUCAAAAACCUGACCGCACACGGAUACUGGCAUAGUCACACCUGGGAGAUGAUAGGCCAAAAGGAGCAGGACAAUCGAAUUGCCCGAAUGGUGGCUUGGAAAGAGCUAGGAAGAUGGAAGGAUCCAGAACACGAGGAACUUGUCUUGAAAGGAGACGACGAAGAAGCGACUGGCAUCCUCCGAGAAGGGCUGAAGAGAGUGCAAGAAGGGAAUAUACGAAAGAAAGUCCUAAUUAAAUGGGCAUCGCCCAAGGAUUCGUAG